AUGAAAUGUUUGCAGCAGACAAUAUCUUGUAAUAUAAUAACAUAUAAAAACUUUCAGGACGCCCUCAUCAUUCUAGACCUUGGAGCUGCUGUUGCAGCCGUGACAUGGUCACCGUAUAGCAGCAGUGUAUUUGUAGCUGUCACAGACGAUGGCCGUGUACACGUGUAUGAUCUUUUUGUACGUAAAUGUAAGCCACUUUGCGUGCAAACCCUCGUUCAGCGACGGCGGGUGGUUACUGUAUGUGUGGCAUUUAAUCCUUUUCAUCCUAUCAUACUCGUCGGCGGUGAGAAAGGUUACUUAGCAUCCCUCAAGCUUUCUCCAAAUCUGAGGAGGUCACACAGAGACUCCAAAGGACCCGAUCCUCAGGAUCUAAAGGAGAUAGAGUUAUGCAAGAUGGAAAGACUCAUUGCUACAAGUAAUAAAGAUUAGAAAGUGCAACAUGAAGGAGUGUUUGGUCUAUGUUUUCUGGUAUAUUUGAUAUAUGCUUUAGAUACAGUGCCGUUUGUUUGC